ACAAGGUACAGAGUACUUUGUAUAUUAGUAGCAAGAGAGAAGAAUAUCAUCAUUAAGUGGACUUACACGAACUGGUCACCAUGACAGUUUGCUUCCGGACAAUACUUUUCACGGUAUGGUGUGCCAUAGUCUGUGUUUAUGGUCAGCGGGACAGAAAACCAUUCACAGAUUUGACCCUUGACCAGAUUAUAUCAAAGACUAUGGGCGAUAAUGAAAUGAUAGCCAGUCUAGUACAGGUCCCAGACGGUAAACGACUCGCAGAAUUGGACAUGAUGUUAACUCCAGAGCAGUUUGAAGCCUUUUAUCCAGAUCAAUCAGCGAAAAGGAAGAAGAGGAAAGCUGUCAGAAACACUAUUUACCGGUGGCCUGAGGGUGUCAUGCCAUAUGCAUUCAGAGAGGGGGCAUUCAGUAAUGAAGACAAAUACAUGAUCAAAGUGGCUAUGCGUGAAUGGGAAAAAUAUACGUGUGUGCGAUUCAGGGAAAAGGAACGUAGUGAUGUCAACUACGUGUUGUUUAACGACGGAUUUGGGUGUAAUUCACAAUUGGGGAUGGUCAGAGGCGAACAACUGCUGAAUCUUGAUGCCAACGGAUGCAGAUGGAAAGGUCUGUACUUACACGAAAUAGGCCAUGCCCUCGGUCUGAUCCACGAGCAUCAGCGACCGAUUAGAGAUGGUUUUAUUAGGAUCCUGUCCCAGAACGUGGAACCGUCAAUGCUACGGUGGUUUAAUAAGUAUCCAAAUGGACAAGUUAAUCCGUACAAUGUGUCAUACGAAUAUUCCUCCGUCAUGCACUACGGUAUUACGGCUUUCUCUAGAGAUGGAAAAUCUCAAACCAUCCAAGCAACGCAGUCCAAUAGAGAAAGUGAAAUUGGGCGAGUGUACCUAAAAGAGCUGUCAUUUACUGAUGUUGAGGUCGUCAACAACAUGUAUGGAUGCAAUGAUCACUGUGAUAAGAAAAGUACAAUUUGUAUUAAUGGAGGUUUUCUGGACCAGAAUUGUGAAUGUCUAUGUCCAGAUGGCACCUAUAAUUGUCAGCAGGGUAACACACAGCCUGGGGACCGAUCUUGCGUCAACACUGAAGGAGACUGGAUAUGUAACGUGUGGGCAACACAAGGAGAAUGUCAAAACAAUGCUGACUUCAUGAAUAGUAGAUGCCGUAAGGCUUGCCGCGUUUGUGGACCGACGGCUCCAAUUGGUGGUGAUGGGGCUGAGUGCAUCGACUUAUUUGACAUUGGCGCUUGCACAAAGUGGAAGGCCAAUGGUGACUGUAUCGUUAACGAGGAGUGGAUGAGACAAUACUGCAACUCAACUUGUGGGCUGUGUGAUCGCAAUGCAAGUCCACCAGGAACGGACUGUGAAAAUAGUUUCAGCAGCGAUAGCCAGUGUGAGGAAUGGGCUCGUAAAGGAGAGUGUCAGAUUAACCCGGCUUGGAUGCCUGACAACUGUCAGAAAGCUUGUCGCACAUGUCCUAUCACAGAUCGGACAACCUCUCGACCACGAGUCACCACUCGACGACCACGAGUCACCACUCAACGACCACGAGUCACCACUCAACGACCACGAGUCACCACUCCAAGACCAGGAGACACCACUCGACGCCCUUUCAUAACAACUACACCUUUCACGACUCCUACGACGACGGCUCUCCCAAGAGGGAGGUGUGUGAACCGUUUUCCGGAUAACCAGUGCGAACCAUGGGCACAGCACGGACAUUGUGAUUACAAUCCGUCGUUCAUGGAAGUCAAUUGCAUGCGCUCUUGUAAACAAUGUACCAGCAACUAUCCAAAUUGCAAUAAUACAAAUAAGUAUUGUGAUGAUUGGGCAGCCCAUGAUCAUUGUAGGAUAAACCCAGGCUAUAUGAAAACGUUUUGUAAGAAGGCUUGCAAUUCAUGUUCCCCAGCGUUACGUCAACUUGGUAAAAGACAAGCUAUUGCUGAAGGCGUCAUCGAUGAGAAUGGUUCAAUUUUAAACCAGGAAAAUCCUUUCACUGUCAUGCCUCCAGAAUCAGGAGCUACUUUAUGGAAAUCCACCCCCAGCCUCCUCUUGGUGACAGUCUGCGCUCUCCUCAUCCAUUAGAUAACCUGCAUCUGUGAUACCCUUGGUUAAUUUUUUGUUUGGUUUUUUAUGCUUUUUUUUCUUUUGUUUCGUACUUUUUUUAUAAGAUUUUUGUUGUAGAUCUGUUAUCAAUUUUUCUUAAAUACUUUUUUUCUAUCAAAGUUGUAAAUAAAGAAACAUUUGCCAUGAAUAACAAUUCAUUAAAUAUCAAUUGCAUAGAUAGGUGCAGUGCAGUUUAUAUAAUUUUAUCAGUUAUUUUUCAAUGGCCACAAAGAAGGAUUGACUGUGAUAUUUUGUCCAGUUUAUUUAAUCAGGCCAUGUAAAAUACAUACUUAAAUGAACACAUUUAUAUUUGACGUAUACAGAAUCCGUUUUUAUAAGCAUUAUUUGAAGCAUACUGUUUUAUAAAGUCGGUUAAAAAAUUGUUGAUUUAUUCAGUAAAACAAUUGUGUUGUUGAACUAGUAUUCAAUAACACAAUUGCGUUGCCAAGAAAAUCAUAUUUUUUGUCAUAUCACACUUGAGUGCUUGUAUGUUUUCUUACUCUUGAAAACUGGUAAGUUUGUGUUGUACAAAUUACCCUAUACAUACUUAUUCAUGCCAUUGGCAGCAUAUGUAAUUGAAAUAUACAUGCAUACAACUUUUCAAUGUAAUUUAAUUUUGCCAGUGAUUUUUGUAUUAUCAUUGUGUCUCACAUUAUGUCUAACUAAACAUAAUUUUGAUUUUUUUUUUAAAUCAUAAUUCUGUUUCUCUUAAAUUGUAAAAAGUUGUUUUACAUCAAGACUAUACAUGUAAUUAUAUGUCCAUCAUCUAUAUAUAUAGCUUCUGGAUUGAUACUCAUUGUAUCCAUGGCACCAGAUAAAUGUUUUAAAUCAGACCGGUGACCUACAAAAUGUUUUGUUUUUUAAAUGUUAUGUGUUUAUCAUGUAUGUUACUCUUCAGCUACAAAGGAUUUCAGAGUGAUCUUUCUACAAUAGCAUUUUUGCUCGUUCCCUUCCUCAGAGCCAUUAUAAAAAUGUUAGGAAUCUCUGUAUUUUUCAUUUAGUUUAUAGUGUGUUAUUUAUUUUGUUUUUUUCAUCAGUAUUGCAAUUGUAAAACGGUAAAUCUAGAUCUCUCAUCCCCUCUCUUUCUCUUUUAAAGACAGCUCAAUUCCUGCAUUUUGCAUUAUUGGCUCCCGUCAGCUUUUUGCUAGAUCCUCUUACUGGUAGAGAAAAGGGAAAGGAGGGUAAUUCUAGGAGACUAGAAUGACCUUUAUGUUAUUACAUCACUAUUAGAUAUGACUGCAAUAAAAAUAAUAUCGCCCAAUUAGUAAUCAUAUCAUAUCAGUGUUAAACAUAUCACAUGAUGAUGGGGAUAAUGAAUGCUAAACAAUGGAGUUCAAUGUGAUAACUUAAUCAGAACACUGCACUUUUAACACAGGGACAGGUAAUAAUGAUCUCCAAGAAACAAUGUUACAUGCCCUGUGCAAUUAGCAUUAGUCAUUAAGGAAUACUGAUGUUCUGGUAAUUUUUGUAAUUGUAGAGAUGGCAUUAAUUUACAAAUCAUGAAUUCAAAUCUAAUUCAGAAGACAAUUUUAAAAAAAAAUUCAUAACUUUAUCUAAACAAUUGAUUUAAGCAAGAUUUUUAAUAAAAUGAUCCUCAGACCUACGUCACUGUUGUAAAGGUCUGUGGAUUACCUUAGCCAAUGACACAACAUAUUAAUCAAAUUAAAUUUGAUCUCACAAAACGUCACUAUAAUCAUUCUGAUCUGCAAAUAUCAUGUCAAGUUUUAUACUCAAGACAUAUAUUUAGUUUUCUUUGAAAACAUGAUAUUUUCAUCAUUUCCAUUGGAAUUUAAGCAUUUGUGGUAUAUUUUUUUUUACCUUGGUGAUAUAAAUAUGCACAUCGUAUGACUAUAAAGUAGAUUACUUAGGUUUCAUCUGUCAAAGGUACUGUAUAGUUGAUUAUAUUCAUGGGUCAUUUAAUUUUAUAAUAAAACAUGGAAUUAAAUACCCUGUAAUAAUUUGAUAUCAAUUGAAAAACAUAAAGAAACAAUGUUGUAUCUGUGUACAUGUACACUAAUCUACAGCCUUAAGAAAAAUUUGAUCAAUGAAUAGCCCAGUCUGGGACAGCCACAAAAUAUUAGCUCCAUGUAAUAAAACACCUGUACAGUACAUGUUAAGUGAAAUAUUGAGCUUUUUUGUCAAAAAUAGCUAAAGAAAGGUCAAUUUAGGAAAAAGAAAGUGAGUGAAAUGUAAGUAACCUACAGUAAUGAAAAUUAAGGGAUAUUUGUAUAUUUUUGUCAAUAAAAUAUUUGUACAAGACAACAUUUUUGAAAUAUUUUAUU